AUGAAUUUUAAUGAUCUAAAAUGGAUGGAUUGGGGAGGAAGCAAAGGGUCAAAAGCAAAUUUAUUGAAAAGUCUUGUUAUAGGCAUUAAAUGGAUUCACCAAAAUAAAAUUAUACAUCGUGACCUGCACAGUGGAAAUAUCUUAAUACAUGAAAGCAAUGAUUCAUUAAUUGCUGAUUUGGGAUUUAGUCGACCCUCAAACGAGGAUCCAGGAUCAAGU